CAGUCCAGAUUUUUUCUUAGAUCAUUGUACGUACAUAUUUACAAACAAAUAAUUAUCAAACGUAAGGUAUACUCACAUCUAAUAAUUAGUGAAGUUCAUUAAAGUAUAUACAGUUUGAAAUAGUUCGUCCGCACGGAUUAAAAUAUUGAAAUAAACUUAAUCGCGGUCGAGAUAUUUUUUUAAAGUUAUUAAAUAAUGGAUUUUGAUAGCGCUUAUAUAGAUCCUUUAAUAGACGAUUGGUUAGAACAACUUCAUGAAGCUAUAAAAGAACAAGAAGAUAUGGUUAGAGCCGAUGAUGAAUUUUAUAUGCCAUUCGUAGGAAUUCCAGCAUCUGUUAUAAGUGCAAUUUUCAAAAUAACACAUCACCUAGAACUAGGAACAGAUACUAAAUACUUAACAAUUCAUUUGUACGAUAAAUUUAUGUGUAAUUACUUUUGGGAAAUAUAUAAAACAGAAAGUAAAAGUGGAGCAACUGAAGCUUCAUGGUCUAAGAUAUGUAAAACUAUUUCUAACAGAUCCAAAUUAUAUCUCAUAUCUUGUCUUCAAUUAGCAAGUAAAGUGGAUUUACAUUCUAAAAGUUUAAGUAUAUCACAGUUAAUAUGUAUCUUACGUUGGAUCGAUAAAAAAAAGGAAUAUACAAAGAAUAUAAUUAUUACUUCUGAAUUUAAAGUAUUCAAAACAUUAGGAUUUAAAAUGCCUUUCUGUACUCCAUUACAAUGUAUUGAAGUUCUUCUAGCUGCAACAGGUCUUAGACAUACAUCAAAUAUAUAUGAAACUUCUAUAAAUUUAUUGGAUUUAACUUAUUUACAGCACGAGCAAUUGUAUUCACACGUGCAAUGUCUAGCACAAGGUCGUAUUAGCAAAUCUGAAGUUGAUAAAAGAAAUCUUAUGGCUUUGAAAACAAAUUCUUUAUUUCUCGGAGGAUGUAUCAUUUUAUGCGCAACAUUUUUUUUAUAUUUUGAUAAUAAUAUAGCAAAAGGAAUAGCAACUAAAUUAGCAGAUUUAGUAGAUACAACUUAUACUGACAUUUGGGAUGUAGCAAAUAUACUUCUUGUAUUAGCAAUACAGGAAUGAAUGUAUAGUAUUAAAUAGAUAUAUGUUUCAAGUUAUAAUUACAUA